GCCGACUGUAUCGUCAAAUCACAUCGUAUUAAGAUCAUGCGCCGUGUUUUCUGGACAGACUCCCGUGAUGUGAUAUGCUGGUUACGAUCUGACCAUCGGCGCUAUAGCCAGUUCGUUGCCUUCAGGGUCAGUGAGCUGCUGGAUACAACUCAAGUGGAUGAGUGGAGAUGGUUGCCAACUAAGAUGAACGUAGCGGACGAAGGUACGAAGUGGCAAAGGCUGCCAGACUUACGCCCUAGUAGCCGCUGGUUUCGCGCACAGGAUUUUCUUUGGGAAUCGGAAGCCGAAUGGCCUGGUCACAAUCGAGAUCAAGGAUCAACUGUAGAAGAAAUUCGACCCAGUGUCCUACAUCAUACAGUUACCGAGCCGCUAGUGAGUUUCGAGCGCUUCUCCAAAUGGAAACGUCUGCUGAGAUCGAUGGCAUAUGCCCAUCGUUUCAUCACGAAUCUUCAUAAGCGCAUCGAAGGGGCCACCGCCGAGCUGGGACCACUAACGCAGGAAGAGCUGAAACUGGCGGAAAGCACAAUUUACCGGAUUGUUCAACAGCAGGCGUACCCUGACGAAAUGCGCUUGAUCCGUAGCAAUAGCUCAGAUGCCAGUCCGUGGAAACGUACCUUGCCAAAAAGCAGCUCGUUGUACAAGCUGAGUCCAGCUAUCGAUGAACUCGGUGUUCUACGGAUGCGAGGGCGUAUAAACGCAUGCGAAUGGGUUGACGAGGCGACCAAAAACCCCAUCCUGCUUCCAAGACGGAAUCCCGUGACUGAUCUGGUGCUCGCUGAGUACCACGCUUCUUGCCGUCAUCAGAAUCAUCACACAGCGCUGAACCAGGUACGAUUGAAAUUCAGCAUCCCUCGUCUUCGUUCAGAGUUCGAUCGUGUACGCAGAAACUGUCAGCGUUGUAAAGUCCGACAAUCAAAGCCACAACCUCCAGCGAUGGGAAACCUCCCGCUUGCCCGUAUGGCAGCAUUUCAAAGACCGUUCUCGUACACCGGGAUUGACUAUUUCGGGCCGAUGUCGGUAACAGUUGGCAGAAGGGUCGAGAAAAGAUGGGGAGUACUACUUACCUGCAUGACAACCCGAGGUGUGCACAUUGAAGUAGCACAUUCGUUAACGACGGAUUCUUGUAUUCUGGCACUGCGCAAUUUCAUUGCGAGGAGGGGUUCCCCGCUGGAGAUUAUAAGCGAUCGAGGAACUAACUUCAUAGGAGCGUCGCGAGAGCUGCGCGAGGCCAUGCAGAAAAUCGACAUGACGAAACUUAUGGUUGAAUUCGUCAGUCCUAACACAAAGUGGACGUUCAAUCCACCGGCCGCUCCACAUUUUGGUGGCUGCUGGGAGCGUUUGAUCCAGUCGAUUAAAAAGAUCAUGAACGAUUUCGACGUCCCACGCCUGCCAUCCGACGAGAUUCUGCGAUCCAUGCUAUUGGAGAUCGAGAUGAUCCUGAACUCAAGACCGCUCACUGACAUACCGCUAGAAAACGACGCGGAACUUCCGUUAACGCCGAACCACUUCCUAUUAGGAUCGGCAGACGGGACUAAGCCCCCGAUUAUCUUCGAUAACGAACCGGCAGCCCUCAAGCGGUCAUGGACGAUGGCCCAGCUGUACGCCGACAGGUUUUGGAAAAGAUGGGUGGCCGAGUACCUGCCCACGUUGACACGCAAGACAAAAUGGUUUCAACCGGUGAGGCCCAUCCAGAAGGGUGAUCUGGUGCUAAUCGUGGACUGCAAUCUUCCACGGAAUUGUUGGCCACGAGGACGUGUGGUCGAAGUGGUUCAAGCCAAAGACGGACAGGUUCGUCGAGUCACCGUGCAGACUGCGACUGGGCUUCUGGAGAGGCCAGCGACCAAGAUUGCGGUGCUGGAUGUCGGUGCUAACGGCGGUAAGCCACAUGGACAGUGGCGUACCGGGGGGGAGUGUCACAUCACUAUGGAUUGUGACGCACCUCUUAUUACACCUCAUUGAUCGACCGGUCGAACAACCGCAGCUCCGACCCUGUACUACUUAGCUGUCAUACAUCCGCCGACCGAGAAGUGACACGUAGGUAAGAAAAAGUGCAAGUCAGAGAGUCGAAUUAACGUGAUAGCUGAAGUAGCGUGCAGGAAGAAUUAAUUUAUUAUCCUAGAGAAUUAUUGAUUAUUCUACUUAUAUCUAGAGUAAAUACCUAGGGCAGUGAUUGACAUAUCUUACACACGAAACAUUUAUUUAACAAAGAACACAGAAGUUAAUAGUACGGAUAGUUGCGUCUAGUACGGGCAAAUAAGUAUCACAAGGAAACUAAACGUGAGUAGUAUAAGCAUUGUUUGUUAAACCACACCUAUGUCAUACACACAAAUCCCAUGAAACCAUGAAGGUAAUUAAUUAUAAUGAACUUAUACCUUUAUUCCCAAAGGGAUUUUAUAACCUCCCUCUACGUUUCGGUACAAAUAUACGAGAGUUACAAAACCGGAAAUCAUCUCCUUUAUUGUCCGUUUACUUG